AUGGAGUCAAAGUUCUUCCGGUUUCUAAAACUCGUUGGAGUUGGCUUCAAAGCAAGGACAGAGGGCGAAGGCCGUGAGCUGUUCCUGAAGCUGGGCUACAGCCAUGAGGUGCAGUUCACCGCCCCACCCGCUGUCCGCGUCUUCUGCUUCAAGCCCAACAUCGUGUGCUGCACCGGCUUAGACAAGAACAGAGUGCACCACUUCGCCGGCGCCGUCCGGAACUGCAAGCCGCCGGAGGUGUACAAGGGCAAGGGCAUACUGUACAUCAAUGAAGUGAUGCAUAGGCGUGGGAUGAAGCGCAAGUGAUGGAGACCUUUCAAAAAAGAAGAAGCGCAAGUGAUGGAUGGAACACGUUAACCCCCCUUUUUCCCUUUCUCUGGGGUUCUGAUUUUGUUGUGUUGAAAUUCCUAUCAUGUUGCUUCUG